AUGGAUAAUAAUAGCAGCUCGAUCGAGCCCUUGAUACCCCGCGCCCCCGAGGCCGGCCAUCAUGACACGGGCGAGGAAGAAGAUGUUGACGUGCGGGUCGCUGUCGACACCUCCGAGACCCAGGGCGCUGAUGCGCUGGGGAAGGAGUUGGGCACUUCGCCGGGGCUGUUCAUCUGGCUCCUCACGUUUUCGGCCGGCAUAAGCGGCCUACUGUUCGGAUACGACACGGGCGUCAUCUCGGCGACUCUGGUGUCCAUCGGCACCUCCCUGUCCGGCAGGCCGUUGUCGUCGCUGGACAAAUCGGUCAUCACGUCGUGCACGUCGCUAUUUGCGCUGCUGGUGUCGCCGUUCGCCUCGGUGCUGGCCGACUCGCUGGGGCGCAAGCGCGUGAUCCUGGCCACGGACUGCCUCUUCGUGGUCGGCGCCGCCGCGCAGGCGCUGAGCUCGACCGUGGCGGGCAUGGUCGCCGGCCGCUCCAUCGUCGGCGCCGCCGUCGGCGCCGCCAGCUUCGUCGUGCCGCUGUACAUAGCGGAGCUCGCUCCCGCGGCGUUUCGCGGCAGGCUGGUGACCAUGAACGUCGUCUUCAUCACCCUGGGCCAGGUAGUCGCGUAUGUUGUCGGGUGGAUCUUUGGGCAGUAUGCGAGCGAGGCGACUGCCUGGCGGUGGAUGGUCGGCCUGGGAGCCCUUCCUGCCUUUGUUCAGGCCUGCAUUCUUUUCCUGAUGCCCGAGUCCCCUCGGUGGCUGAUGAAGGCCGGGCGGUCGGCGGAGGCAAGAUCGGUCAUUGAGCGAGUUGUCGGUGGUGGGCCCAGCUCGUCAAGGCAGGUCGAUGCUACUUGGAAAGACAUCGAGGCCAGAGUCAGGGAGGAAGAGCUCGAGAGGAGGGCCCGCAAUCGGCAUAGAACUGGGCGGCGACUAUGGCUCGACUCUUUGGGCGAACUCUUGAGGAUCCGCAGAAACCGGCGGGCUCUGGCAAUCGCUUGCCUGCUUCAAGGUCUCCAGCAGCUCUGUGGAUUUAACUCGCUCAUGUAUUUCUCGGCUACUAUCUUCACGCUCCUUGGGUUCCCAGUACCCACCCUCACGUCGCUGGUGGUGGCAGUGACGAACUUCGCAUUCACCAUGGCUGCGCUCCUCUUGAUUGACCAUAUUGGAAGGAGAUGCAUUCUCCUGUGGUCAAUUCCCUUCAUGGUGGCAGGUUUGCUUUUUGCGGCAUAUGGCUUCUCCUUCAUCACGCUAUCGGCCGAACUAGAGUCCGGCAUGCUGGGAGCAACCCGACCAGCGCAAGGCGCGGCGAUACUGAUCUUGGUCAGCAUCAUGACGUACGUCGCCGGAUACGCCAUCGGCCUCGGUAAUGUGCCGUGGAUGCAGAGCGAGCUGUUCGCCCUCAAUGUGCGGUCGUUGGGGAGCGGCAUAGCGACGGCGACCAACUGGGGCGCCAACUUUGUCAUUGGGCUGACGUUUCUGCUCCUGAUGGACGCCCUCACUCCGUCGUGGACGUUUGUGCUCUAUGCCGCGAUCUGCGUUGCUGGGUACGGCUUGAUCUGGGGUUUCUAUCCCGAGACCACAGGGCUGACUCUAGAAGCUGCGGCGAGGCUUCUGGAAGACGACAAUUGGGGAGUUCGCCGGCCGCCGGGCUAA